CAUAUACACACACCCCUCUAGAAGACACUGACCAACUUUGAGGCCAUUCCCUUCUUUUCUUCUCCAUUUUAAUAGUGACCACACUGAUUCCCAUAAUCUGAACCUUAAGAAUAGCCAAAAAGGCUUCGAAGGAAUGAAUGAAAGAAAGAAAGACACACCCCAAGUUUGCUUUAGCAGAUUCCAAGGUAUCUAACUCAAACCUUUGCAAUGGAUUUGAAGGGCACUUGUAAUAAUAAUAUUAAUAAUGUUUCUGAUGGCUACAUGCUUCUUGAGGCCAGUGGUGACUCUGAAGCUGAUUUCAUCAAUCCCAGCAUGGUUGAACAACAACAUGCUUAUGAAUAUGGAAUUCACAAUAUUGCAGAUGUUGAUGAUGCUCAAUCUUGCAGCUAUGAUGAUGAAUUUGAGAACCCUUCUGAGAAGCUAAAAGGGUGUUUGAAUGCUGCUUCUUCUGCUGAUGAUGAUCAAGAUGGGGUAAAGAAAAAAGGUGACUUUUGUGGAAAUUCAUGUUGUGAUGAAGAUUUUGGGAUGAUGCAAGAACAUUAUAAGUCAUGUGUCUCUGAUGAUUCAUGUCUUGAGCCAGCAGAUGAGGUGGAGAAGAGCAGGCAGUUCUGGGAAGCUUGUUUAGCUUCUUGAUCAAUUUGUGUUUGUUAGUGAGCAUUUAUUUUUCUAAGAUCACUGCUUCUUUUCUGGUUUCUCAGUAUCCCAAUUGAGGAUUUGCUUCACCAGAAACAUUUAUUCUUUUUUUAACUUUAUUCUUGAAAAUAUUGGGUUUGGGGGGUCCACUUUAAUUGUAUGCAUACUUGAACAGAAUUGUACACACUACACAAAAAAGUUUAUGAUUUUCACUCUUUCAAAGAUUCAAUAAGUUCUGCACUUAGUCCUAUAAUUGAAUGUAGUAGACUGCAUCAUCAUUCUCCCUUCUUUUCUUUAUAACACUAUUUGAUUGAUUUUGAAGGGAAGAUGUGACAUGGUUAUUCCUCAAGCUAUGUAACUAUAGUUGUAAUAGUAACAUUUGUUUGAGAUGUGUUGAAAUUCAGAUGAUCACGUUUUUCCAUGGCUGUGAGAUUUAGGAAAGUUGGGUGUUGGGAAAGUUAGCCAGGGAAGACAUAUGGCCCAGCAGCCAUAAUAGCUGGAAAGUAUAGGUUUCAUUUGGUCCCACUCAUUAAAAAUCCUCGGUUCUUGGUGAGUUUCUGGACAUGUAUACUACUUGUAUAGUUGAAACUUUGAAUAUAAGAUGUGAUGUUUAUAUAAUUAAAA